UUAAUUUCUCUAACCAUAAAUAUUGUUGAAAGUAGUACCGUGGAGGUCAAGCGAACAGAAGGCCGACAGCCCAGGGCCAGGAUUUGGGAAAUUUGCAUGGCGAAAAAUAUGUAAAUAAAUGUUACGUAUCCCACUCCACCGAUCCAGGCCGACCAGCUGUUGCUUAUCAGUUGGCUCGAUCGAUAAACAUUAUCAGCUGUCUAUCGCUAGCGGUCCAUCCCUAAGAAAACGUUUUUUUAAUAUUGUUUGUGUUUGUUAUGAUUAACGAGACAGAUAACUUGGAAACCCAGGAGGACUCUUCUCCGGAGGACGACGAUGUCUUUCAAUUUGAGACGGAGCACUUGGCUCUUCGGGGCAACGAAAGUUAUGCAAAUUUAUUGCGAACUAUUGCAGUUUUGCAGGCGCAAAGGAUUCGAGUCCACCAACAGAUUGAGGAACUGGAAGCGUCACGGAAAGUAUACUUGGAUAAUCCGCAACUGCUACUGGACAAGCUGCGGAAUAAUGAGCCUCUUAUUUCGGACAAUUACAUAAUCACGGCAGAAUUGCCCGAUGUACCCACACUGAGUGCCCAGGAUGACACCAAAGGAGCUCAAGGAAUAGUGCCCUUAAAAGAUAUAUCAUCUGAGAUAGAUCGUAGUACGUGGAACCCUGAAGUUAAAUCUCACAAACGAUCAGAAAGCUUUGCCCGCUUAUGGACAAAUGAGGAGCAGCGCCAUUUAGAACAGCUUCUGAUUCAAUAUCCGCCGGAGGAAAUUGAAAUGCGCCGGUUUACGAAAAUAGCGAAGGCGCUUGGCAAUCGUACCGCCCAGCAAGUAUUCAGCCGCGUACAAAAAUACUUUCAGAAGUUACACGAUGCAGGCAUGCCAGUGCCUGGCCGGAUUCCAAAGUAUCGCCGGUCGGGACACGGCAAAGCAAAGCUCAGCUUACGCCGGUCGACUUUUUUUCCUGCCCAGAAUUUAUCGCUUCAAAUGCCGGUAGAGGACGACGAUUUGCACAUUCAAUCGCCUGCUUCGGAGAUGGGUAUGCCGGCGGCGUCCUUAAGAAUCAAGGCGGAACCAAAGACCGAACCAGAAGCCGUUAAUGAAGAUUUUUAUUCGGAAGCAAAGCGGCGGCAGGACUUGCGGCUAAAGCUUCUUUCAUCUGUUUACAGCGAAAAGCAGCAAGUGGAAGGCGGUUAUGAGCCUGAUCCUUUGGCACCGAAGUGCGCCGACUGCGAAGAGGCAUCGGUAACCAGAACGCACUGGCGUUGCAACAGCUGUUACUGCCAUCUUAACUUAUGUGGCGACUGCCUGACCAGUCAGUUGCUUGAAGAACGCUUCGAACAUUUAAGUCACGAAGUUGUGGAGGACCGUGAAUCUUAAAAUAAGAAUAGAUUUAGUAAUUUGCAUUAUAUUUUUUCCUACACAUUUAAAAUAAAAGCUUAUCUUAUAAUAAAGUACUUUUAUAUGAAAAA